CGCCCGGCUUCAGGACCAAACGCUUCGACCGGGAGAGACCACUGCAUUCUUACUUAGUACUCUUUCUCUUGCCCGAACAUGCUGCUUCCUGAAGCCCAGCAUGGGCUCAGUCUGGCAUCAGAACUCCAGCGCCGUGCGCAAGCGUAUUCAGAGUCAUCAGUUCGAAGAUGAGGGUGGCGAAGAAUAUGAAGCCUCCACCUUUGGUGGCUUCACCGACUACAUGCGCCGGAAGAAGCUCAAAUUGCAGAAUUUGGACGCUGAGAUACGCUCCUCUGCUUCUGAGAAUCCCCCAAUCUUCCGAGGCGUGGUCGCGCACGUGAACGGCUACACCCAACCGUCUCUCCAGGACCUCCACAGAUUGAUUGUCAGCCAUGGUGGUGGUUUUCUGCAGUACCUUAGCGGCAAAACGGAUGCCACCCAUAUCAUCGCCAGCUCAUUAACCCCCAAGAAACGAGAAGAGUUCCGGAGAUAUCGGAUCGUGAAACCGGCAUGGGUGGUGGAAAGCGUCCAGGCGGGUCGCUUGCUCCCCUGGGACCAAUAUCGAGUCGUCGACGAGGGACAUGCCCAGAAAGUGUUGAAGUUUGACAACGGCCGCAUACUUAGUCAAACCAACAGCCCGCAGUCGGGCUAUCGCGAGCAGAGCAUGGCAAGUUGGUACACCUCUCGACUUCAGGCAGCGGAGGCAACGAAUCCUGUAGGGUCUCCUUCGGGACAAACUGCAGGCUCGGUUUUGGGUGAAAAACAACCAAACCUGGCUUCGCAGUCAGACUAUGGCGAUUUUCCUAGCUUUUCGAUGGACGAGGCGGGUAAUGUUCAGGCGUCGCAACAAACCAAUAUAAUAUCAUCUUCGCAAGACCAUGAGUCAAAACAAGACGAGUUAAGCCAUAAAACUGUCUCUCCUCGACGAGAAGUUCCAGAGACCAAGUUGCCAGCGCCUCAACAGGCCAGUCCCUCCAAGGGAGAAAUGACUUCUGAGGAAUACAACGCUCAGCUCUUGACGGAUCCCCGCCUGCGAAACUCUAGUGUGGUCAACCCUGAGUUCAUCCAACAAUAUUACAGAGAGUCCCGUCUACAUCAUCUGUCGACGUGGAAGGCGAAUCUCAAAGCCCAGCUCCAAUCGGCAGCCGCGCAGAAGUCGCAGUCCCAGUCCAAGAGGGCGAAACCCGUGGCUGGUGCCAGACGUUAUAUCAUGCAUGUGGAUUUUGAUUGCUUUUUCGCCGCUGUAUCAACGCUGAAACACCCACAUCUGGAAGUAAAGCCAGUGGCGGUAGCACAUGGCUCUGGAUCCGGCUCUGAGAUUGCAAGCUGCAACUAUGCGGCCCGCGCUCAUGGGAUCAAGAACGGAAUGUGGAUGAAAGGCGCGUUACAGGCGUGUCCUAGUCUGCAGGUUGUACCUUAUGACUUUCCGGCAUACGAGGAAGCAAGUCGAAAGUUCUAUACUGCCAUUCUGGCUAUAGACGGCAUCGUUCAGAGUGUGAGCAUUGACGAGGCACUCGUGGAUAUUACGGAACUAUGCUUGCAGGCCGGUGGCUCGGAUGGUCGAGGAGUUUCCGAAGGGUCCAUCUACCGAGAGCAAGCCAAAGCCGAUGAAAUUGCGCAAGCAUUGCGGGCGACCGUAAAGGAGCACACGGGCUGCGCAGUCUCCGUGGGCAUUGGUGGCAACAUCCUCCAGGCCAAAGUAGCUUUGCGCAAAGCGAAACCAGCCAGUCAGUUCCAGCUGAAGCCCGACGAGGUGCUCGACUACAUAGGAGGUCUGACGGUACAAGGUCUCCCGGGUGUCGGCCAUAGCAUGGGCGCGAAACUGGAAGAGCUCGGCGUCACAUAUGUGAAGGAUGUGCGAGAAUUGUCGCGGGAGAGGCUCACCUCUAGUCUAGGUCCCAAGACCGGUGUCAAACUCUGGGAGUAUGCACGAGGGAUUGAUCGGACUGAGGUCGGCAACGAGACGAUACGCAAGUCUGUGUCUGCCGAAGUCAAUUGGGGAAUCCGCUUUGUCAACCAGACUCAGGCCGAAGACUUUAUUCGAUCCUUAUGUGACGAGUUGCACAAACGACUAGUCGAGAGCCUUGUCAAGGGCAAGCAGUUGACACUGAAGGUGAUGCGGAGAGCAGCCGACGCGCCCUUGGAGGCUGUGAAGCACCUGGGACAUGGCAAAUGCGACAUACUCAACAGAAGCGUCAUGCUCGGCGUAGCCACCAGUGCAUCCGAAACUCUCGGAAAGGAGGCUGUGGCAAUGCUUCGCAGCUUCGGGAUCUCGCCAGGCGAUUUGAGAGGGCUGGGGGUCCAAAUGACCAAACUCGAACCCCUCAACUCAGGGUCUCCCCGCAAGCCUGACGGCAGCCAGCAACAGCUGAACUUCAAGGCGUCGCCUGUCCGGGCAUCACCUAUCCGCAAAAGCAUCGAGCGACCUGAAGACCCCGACGAGGUAGACAGCCCUAGUCGGGGCGAGUCGGAGACAGUCCGGUCCGUGCCCUCGAUGCAUGAGAGCGGCCACAAGCCGUUGAACGUCUCCGGGACACAAUUCAUUAUCCCGUCGCAAAUCGACCCGCAAGUCGUCGCAGAGCUUCCCAACGACAUCCGCUCGAAACUGAUAGCCCAGGGUCGAUCGCGACGCGACACGCGCUCGACCUCUCCCUGUCCGCCCACUCGCCCACGCCCACGACCCACGGGCAGUGCAGAGCUCCCUCCGCCGUCGCAACUUGACCCGGAAACGCUCAUGGCUCUUCCAGAAGACGUCCGAGCCGAAGUCCUAGGCUACUACACCCGCGACUCAAGCACCCCGGACGAUCAGCCUCCCGACCCCAGGACCUCAGCCCCUACCACUAAUACCACCACCAUCACUGCCACUGCCACCAACCCAGCACGCCCGACAUCCUCCUCCUCGAGCUCUUUGAAGCUUCGCAAGCCCACAACACCGACCAAACGACGGCGCGGCCGCCCUCCUGUCAUCAAAUCCAGCCUCGCGUCCACCCUGACGCAAGCGAAAUUCGUCCUCCCCCAUUCCCCGACCUCAGCCUCAGCCCCAGCCUCAGCCUUAGCCUUAGCCUCAGCCCCAACCGCCGACCAACCCUCAACCACAGAAAUUUCCGCCGACUUCCUCGCCGCCCUCCCAGAAGACAUCCGCCUCGAGAUCCUCGAAGAACAGCGUCGAACGCGUCUCCUCCAACGACCCGCCCUCCACCCAUCCGCCCACGCCAGACCACCCACGACAGCCCAAACACAUAAUAAUCCCAACCCUGCGCCCAACCGCGAGAAGACCAUCCAACUACCCCCGCUACCCCCACGCCCAACCUUCACUUCCAAGCGCCUUUCGUCCCUUCCGGACCUCCGCAACGCCAUCUCAGCAUGGUACCACGCUUUCAACCCUCCAGCCCCAGGCCGAGUCCCAGACCCCGAACAGUCCAGCGCUAGUACUGCUGACACCGAAGAGGGGGAGGGGGACGACGACGAGGACGCAGGCCCCUUUGAUGAGGACGUCGUCUCUCUCGCCCGGUACCUGAAGCGGGUUGUCCUCGAGGAGCGGGACCUUGAGAAAGCCGUCGCCGUGGUGCGGUGGUUGAUCUGGUUGGUGGAGAAUGAUUACCCUGGGAUUGGUUCGGACGGGUUUAUUGAUGGUGGGAGUACUGGGAGUACCAGUAGUCAGAGUAAGCUCGAGGCCUCCUCAUCGCAAGAGGACGCGUUCCGACCCCCCAGUCCGAGCGGAAAGAUUACUAGCCCGGGUGGACUGCAGCAGCAGCGGCGGCGGCAGCAGCGGCGGGAGCUUCGACGGCAGCGCGCGGGGAAGAGAUGGGGGGACGCAGUGAGGAUUGUGAAGGAAAGUGUUCUGGAGGCGGUGGGAGACAGGGGCCUGGGGGAGGUUGAGUUUUGAGGAGGAUGAGUUGUGAUGAGUCCGAGGUUGGAUUUGUGAUGGAUGGUUUUGAUUUUGUACAUAGGGUUUGGUUGGGUGGGUGGGUUGUUGAUGUAGGUUGCACCGGGGUGGGUUGGUAACCUGUAUAUUAAGCAGUUGGUUGAU